UUCGCUCCUUCUCUGGAAAGAAAGAGAAGGAUUGGAUAUUAGCAACGAUUCCUGGAGAAUACGUCGUUUGGCUCUUUGGUGAAGUGGAAGCAGACCAAUCUGGCUGAGCGUCACAGUGUUUGCUCAGCAAGGGAGAGAGAUUGUGCUAAGCGUGGGACAGAGGAGUAGUUGUCAUUGACACCUGUUCUUCCCAAGAGAUUAUUCCAUGGUUUUCCAGGUUGGGGGACAAGAGCUACAAAUACAAGGAAGAGGAGCCGAUUGAAGCUGGAAUUUCAUUGCAUGACCUCUGGGUUGCUUCCAGGAUUGCAAGCCCAUGACAUUAAGGGAAGGCUGGAACACUGGAAAUCUUUAGUAAAAGAAAAUAUCUCCAAACCAUGGACUGACUUGUGAUCAAUGAAUGAGUUUUCUCUAACUUUGAAGGCUGAAGCCAUUGGGGAAAGAGGCCAUCGCUAUGAAGCUGACACUGAAUAUGGUGGCCUUGUUUGCAGCCCUGGCUGGGAUUUUCAGCUUCUCCUUCCUGAUCGCAGCCAUCAGCACUGACUUUUGGUAUCUCAUCGAUGCUUCGAAGCUGGAGAAGAUGAGCAAUCGCACGGAGAGCCUCAGCUCCCACUCGGGACUCUGGAGGACUUGCCAGCUUAAAAGCAACUGCCUCCCUAUCGCAAAUCCCUUUAAGUCUGGGACAGAAAACAUCACCACAUCUCAUCAGCAACUAUUAAAUAUGCACGGCACUUUUGUGAUUCUGCUCCCGCUCAGUCUCGUCGUGAUGACCUUUGGAGGAAUGACGGGCUUCAUUGCAACCCUGGCUCAGGUUUAUCUCCUCUUGAUCUUCACCGGGCUGUUCUUUCUCUUUGGAGCCAUCCUGACUCUGACUGGGCUUAGCAUCUAUAUUGCCUACUCUGCUGCGGCCUUCAAGGAAGUCAGUUACCUUCUGAGAGAGAAGAACCUCCUGGAACAUAUCAACAUCCAGUUUGGCUGGUCCUUAGCCUUUGCGUGGUUCUCCUUUGCCACUGAGGUCCUCACUGGGCUAGCCUUCCUCCUGAUGUCUAGGAUGGUGGGUUUGCAACCAAGGGGGAAUUCCUCCAUAUGAUGAACCAAGUCACAACAGGACUCUCCUAGAUAAUCAGAUUUGGACAUCAAUAGGUCAGCAUGGUCCAUCUUUCUCAGCCUUUUGUUUAGAGUUAUGGUAGACCCUUGAUAUCUCUUGGGGAUUUGUUCCAGGGCCAUCUCUGCAUGGAUACUAAUAUCCAUGGAUGCUCAAGUCCCAUUAUAUUUACUGGUGUAGUAAAUUGGCAAAAUCAAGCUUUGCUUUUUGUUUUCGAGCCAUGGUUGGUUGAAUCCAUGGAUGCAGAAUGAUGGAGAACUUUAUUGCACUAAAAUGCUAUUCCAUUAUAAUCAUGUUAUCAUUGAUAGGAGAUAAAUGGAUGUUUAAAUGGAUGUUUUUAAUUAAUGUUUUGUUUUGUUCGUAAUUUUUAAAAUAUUAUGUUUCUUGGCAUCUAAUGGUUGCCGAUUGUGAGGUUGCCCUGAUUUCUCCACCCCCCCCCCCUCCCAGGGGUGGGGUGAGAAAGACGGGAUGUAAAUGUCUGAAAUAAAUAAACGAAUAAUAAACAGUCAA